AAUUGAUCUAGGCACGGAGUGUGGUGCUAGCACUGGCAAUGUGGUAUGCUGUUAUCACUCGAUUCCUUCGGCGUAGAUUAGUUCUUGCGAUUAUAUUCUGUCUUUCCCUGACAUACUGCAUGGUACGGCUGAUCAGCAACAACGUUUCAUUAAACCUCGAUGGUGACCUUUUCCAACCAGGUCUGCAAAGAGAGAAACCAAUCAUAUGGACUAACCCAAUUCCCGAGGAUCGUAACAGGUCGAACGACCUUUCUGUGACGUGUAGAAAUUCUGUCCAAGGUAAAGCGCUUAUUGUUGACGAUCGAGGUUUUGUAUGUAUGAGAUCUGAGCUACUCUGGACCGGGUGCUGUAAUAUAGAAGUUGAAAGCACCAAGCUGUUUCGUUGUGAUACAUGCCAAAAUAGCGCUUGUUGUGCAAUUUAUGAAUACUGUGUGUCCUGUUGCAUGCAUCCUAACAAGAAACCAAUACUAGAGAAGGUACUCGCUAAAGCUAGUGGACGCCAGAUCGCCGUUUAUGCUACGGUUAACGAUCAGUAUGAACUCUGCCUGACUAAAUGCCGGACGAACUCGCACUCCGUUCAAAACGAAAACAAGUACCGUGACCCAAAGUUGAAACAUUGUUACGGUAAAACUGAAGAACAAAUUGCGAUUCAUAACAAUAAGAAUAGUGACAGUGCUGCAGUAGAUACCAACGACAGCAGCAAUCCUUUAUUAAAUAAUGCUUAAGCUGGUGAGUGAUGGUGAUAACGGGAUGAGCGUUUGUGAAUUGUGAUAAGGAAAAAAAGUUUACAAAUUAACUGUUUUCGUGUUUUGAUUUAGUUUCGAAACAUGAAUAGUAGUUUUCGAAGACAAUUGGACCAUUUAAAAUACAAAAUGGGAUCCGGAUAUAAAUAUCACCGAUUGGACUCACG